GGCCUGGGUUUCCUUCUGUUUUCCACAUAAACCCGGGCUCUCUGAACUGGUGGUUGUUCUGCAGGGGGGCACGUUCGGCAGGGCUCAGGCUUAACUCCUGGCUCUGCGCACGCGGUUCCCGCUGGCGGUGCUCCAGGACCCUCGGGGACCGCGCGGGGUUUGCACCCGGCCCGGCUGGGUGCAAACUGGCGCCCUGCCUGCUCUGCUCUCCUGCUCUGUGUGGCUUGGGGAGCGGGUCGUCGGGAAGCCGGGCCGGGUGUGGGCCGGGGGGCGCCGAGGAUGGAGGCGAGCGGCCUCCCCUGGCCCGCGCGCUCUGCAGCCGGACGCGCCGGGCACGGGCGGCUCCGCGCGCGAACUACAAGUCCCCGCGGCCCCUUCGCGGGCGCCGCCCCGAGCCCGGCCCGCCCGCAGGUGCCCGCGCUGCCUGGCCGGCCGGCAUGGAGCCCCGCGCGGCCGACGGCUGCUUCCUGGGCGACGUGGGGUUCUGGGUGGAGCGGACGCCCGUGCAUGAAGCCGCGCAGCGGGGCGAGGCGGUGAGGCUGCAGCAGCUGAUCGAGAGUGGGGCCUGUGUGAACCAGGUGACCGUGGACUCCAUCACACCCCUGCACGCCGCCAGCCUGCAGGGCCAGGCCCAAUGUGUGCAGCUGCUGCUGGCGGCCGGCGCCUGGGUGGACGCGCGGAACAUUGACGGCAGCACCCCGCUGUGUGACGCCUGUGCCUCGGGCAGCCUGGAGUGCGUGAAGCUCCUUCUGGCCUACGGGGCCAAGGUCAACCCCCCGCUGUACACGGCAUCCCCUCUGCACGAGGCCUGCAUGAGCGGAAGCUCUGAGUGCGUGAGGCUCCUCAUCGACGUUGGGGCCAACCUGGAGGCACACGACUGUCACUUCGGGACCCCCCUGCACGUUGCCUGUGCCCGGGAGCACCUGGACUGCGCCAAGGUGCUGCUCAAUGCAGGCGCCAAUGUGAACGCAGCCAAGCUGCAUGAGACGGCCCUCCACCACGCGGCCAAGGUGAAGAACGUGGACCUCAUCGAGAUGCUCAUCGAGUUCGGAGGUGACAUCUACGCACGGGACAACCGGGGCAAGAAGCCAUCGGAUUACACGUGGGGCAGCAGCGCACCUGCCAAGUGCUUCGAGUUCUAUGAAAAGACGCCUCUGACACUGUCGCAGCUGUGCCGGGUGAGCCUGCGGCGGGCCGCCGGGGUUCGGGGCCUGGAGAAAAUUGCCAAACUGGACAUCCCUCCCCGGCUCAUCGAUUACCUGUCCUACUGCUGACCCCGGCCCAGGGAGCUCUGAAGCACCCACUUCCCGCCCCUCCCGCUUCCGGCUCAUCUCUGCAGACCCCCGAGCCCAGGUCCAGGGUGUGGGCAGGACCCGCCCUGGCAGCUGCGCUGUGCUGGGCUCUGGCUGCCUCUGCCUCUGCCCCUGCCCUGCCGUCAGGUCCUCCGGGAAGACCCUGUGCAGCUGGGGAGGCCGGGCGGGUGGGGGCCAGACUGCCCAGCACUUUCCCAGGCCUGGGGUCUGCCCUCACCUGCGGCCCUGCCCUUUACGGCUCCUCCCCAUGACAGGGCUCGGGUCCUUGAAAAGCUUGUGCGGGGGCUGAAGCACUUUGAGGGGGUCCCUGGGCUGCCCCCCGGAUUCCGUGAACCAGUCUCAAAUAAAGGGAGACACAAAAGGC